AUGCGCGUGAUCGCGUCCUCGGCGAUAGAGGCGGGCAUGAGCCCCGACCAAGCUGUGAUGGCCGGCAUGUGCAGGCCGGAAGACAGGGAGUCGCUCGCCGCCGCGUUUGCGGCGGAGGCGGCCCGCGCGGCGGCCGCCGCGGCCGGCGGGGCGGCGCCGCCGCCAAUGUCGGCCGACUCGGCGCUGGACGGCUUUGCUGCGCCGGGCGCGGCCGGCAAGGCGCACGCCCUGAUGUCAGGCCUGAACGAGCUGCGCGCGCACCACGCGUCGCCGCCGCCGUUGGCAAAUGGCGGCGGCAGCGGGAUGUUCAAUGCGUUUGGUUUUUCGCUGUUUGGGGGGCCGUCCGACAGUCUGGGCGGCUUCGAUGCGCUCGCGGCCGCCGCCCCCAAGGCCGUGUCCGACGACGGCGUCCCCCGCGGCGGCACCGACCAGGGCACCGCCUCGCUGGCCGGCCUGAUGCCGGUGGCCGCGUCGACGCUCAAGCUGCCGGCCCCGGUCGGCGACGGGGCGGUGCUGGGCGGCGGCGGCGCCGGCGGCGACGGCGCUCUCGCGGCGAUGGUCGCGGGGCUGAACCUCCAGAUCAGGGAUCUCGCGGCCGCCAACACAGCGGGCGCGGCCGCGUCGCCGCAAACGCCGGAAAGGAACGACUGA